UUCCAGCCCCUCAACUCCAAACCAAACACCUUACACGGUUACACCUCUUCCAUAAAUCCAACCCAACACAUAACACCUCUCUCUCUCUCUCUCUCUCUAACCAACAAGAAAGCAGAAGGGAAGCAACCAACCAAGCUAGCCAUGGCGCCAUCGCCACGACGGCACACCGCCCUGCUGCUGCUGCUGCUGUCUCUCCUCCUCCUCCUCCUCCUCUCCGCCGUCGUCACCCACCCAGCGAAAGAGGCGGCAGCGAGCUCGAGAAGCCACGCAGAGCUCCAAGACUACCACGGGGAGGUGGACGAGGACACCACGAGCUUUCUCACGGCGGCCGACGAGCGGUGCGGCGGCGCCGGAGGGGAAGCAGAAGAGGAGUGCCUGAUGAGGAGGACGCUGGUGGCGCACACCGACUACAUCUACACCCAGGGAAGCCACAACUAGCCAGCAGCUGCUUCAGAUUGCUCCAAUCGAUUCCAUAGGCAUGCAUGGUAUAGCUUCGGAUCACUGAAAAAUUUGAGAUGUGUCGACUCGAUCCAUGGCAGCAUGAUCGAUCCGUGGAGAAGUUGUCACUUGAGAGUUUUGCUCGAUUUAUAUAUGUGUGUAAUAUUUUCUUUAAUUGGUGGAAUUGAUGGAGUCGAUUAUGCAAGUUGUUAAUUUGCUGUC